AAUCAAAACGGCGAAGCAGAAGAAUCAAAACAAAAAAUUGAAAAUAGAACCCUAGUUUUUUUUGUUUAACACAAAAUUACAUUGAUGAUGGUGCUACUUUGAGCGUACCAUGGCUAGGGAACACGAGCCAACCGCGCGACCUUGGGGUACGUUAGAGGAACUCCUCCUCGUCUGUGCCGUCAACCGCCACGGCACUAAGAGCUGGGACUCUAUCGCCCUCGGACUCCAGAGCCGGAGAAUCUCCUCGUCUUCCUUCACUCCUCAACUCUGUAAGGACAAGUUUUCCGAUCUUAAACGUCGCUUCAUAUCUCCAGCCGGUGCCGAUUCUUCCUCCAGUUUGGUUGACCAGCUCCGAAAGAUUCGCGUCGAGGAGCUUCGUCGCGAGGUUCAACAACGUGACGUUUCGAUCGUGUCGUUGGAAAUGAAGGUCAAGAUAUUGAUGGAGGAAAGGGACAGGUGUUUUAAAGAGGAGACAGAUCUGGAUGACCGACAGAAUGUUCUACCGUCGGGUCUCAUCGCCGGUACGCUCGCCGGCGGAGAUGAUUCCGGCAAUCUCGAUGACAGAUCAUAUAACGAGUCCAACUCCACCAGUCAAAAAACUGAGUUGACCACGUCGGCCACUAUUAUUAUUAAAGACGAACAAAACGAUGCCGGAGAACUGGUAGGAGAAAGAAAAGAAGUUACAACAGAAUCGGUCGAACCGAGAGGUGAGGACGAGGCCGAUCCGGUUCGAACCGAGAACGGACCGGUUAACGAGCGGUUAAACGUUGAAGAACAUGGUAAUAAGAGGCAGGUGAGUGACGUACAAAGCUCUGCGAGUUUGUCGAAGAAAUGGUGCAGUGGUAGUAGCAAGGGCGGGUGCAGCAGCAGAGAGGAACGUGAGGGAGACGAGGUUUCUCCCGCCAAGAAAAGAGGCUCGGCGGUGAAGCCUGAGUCCAUGGUUAAGCUUCUCGGGAUCAUCCGCUCUCAUCGGCUCGGCUCGGCUCUGGACCGCCGCCAACGGAGCCAGGAGUCUGGAAGAUACAAAAACCUGAUAAGGCAACACAUGGAUCUCCAAAGAAUUCAAUCCAGGCUUGAUAAAGGUGUCUACUCUGAGGGCAGUACAAAGUUCUUCAGGGAUCUCCUCCUCUUAUUCAACAACAUCAUCGUUUUUCACCGGAAAAGUUCACCCGAACGUACCGCUGCUGAACAACUCCGGGCUUUGGUCUUAAAGAAAAUGAACCAUAAGCUUCCGGAACAAGACGAUCCCUCAAAACCCAACAAAUCUUCUUCAAUGGUCCAGUGCGGUAAACGUGCUUCUUCCAAGGCAGUAAUCAAGAAUGCUACUUCUAAGAGAGGAGAUAGAGGAGUGGUUGAAGAGAAACCAAAGGCGAAGGAGAAGAAGGCCGAUGCUAUUUCUUUUGCCGCGACUAAGAACGACGCUGUCGUCGGCAUAAGGAUGAAAAGAAGUAAAGAAAGAGCGGUUUCAGGGCGUUGGAACUCAUUGAGGACAAACGGCAAGAGUGGGGAUUCAGAUCACGAGUAUGGUGGUAACGAGCUCAGCUCAAAUGACGCCGUGGAGCUGAAGGUGGAUACCAAGAAAGAAAACAGCAAGGCGAGAAAGAAACAAGGAGCAGCAAGUUUCUUGAAAAGAAUGAAACAGAAUUCGCCGACUGAAUGGUCGGAGAAAGGAGAUGACGAAGAUGAUGUUGAUAAUGAUGAUUCAGAGGAUGGGAGUAAAGAGAAGGGGAGGGUUACGAGGAGUUCGGGAGGAAGAGGGGGGAGGGGGAAGCGAGGGGUGGGGAGGCUUAAGAAGAGGGCAGCGGCGGAGUCGAGGGGAAAGAGAGGGAGAGAAAACGUCGAUAACGGAAGGGCUAGGAAACGAGGUAGAAGGUGAUAAUGUUGUAUAAUGUCUAUAUUAGUAAUUUUCCUAUGGUUUUGGUUUAAGUGUUUUUACUCGCUAAUAAUAUCUAUUAUCUGACGCUA